GCUGAGACCGGGCGGCAUCUAUUUAUAGCGAUGGUGCGCCCCGAAGAGCGCGAGCGCCGCGCGUACAAGGACGCACACGCCGCGGCGUUUGCGAAAACGCGGCACUUUCCCGCGCUCUCGCAGCUGCAAGCAUCAGUUGAGAAUGUCAUUUUGCUGCAAGACUGCACGCCCGUGACCGCGGUCGUGACGCCGCGCGCGUCACCCGCCCAUAGCCGCCUCCACGCCCCCGACGCGUUUGAUCAAAUUUUUGAAAACCAAGUGCCGAUGCUGACAGCCUUUCGACAAGCCGUGCUGUGCAAGCACUCGAACGCCCGGGACGAGCGGCAUGAAUCGCCACCACCGACGACCAGUGGCUUUAUCAAACCCCCCAAGGCGCCGUUUGUGACCAAGAGCGCGGCGGAUGCCAAAGCGGCCAUUCGCCAUCCGUGCGAGUACGACUACCCGACGGGACUGCACACGCAUCGGGAGCGCGUGCCCAAUCGCCACGACCUCUCGCUGCAGGAGGACAUGCGACGGAGAGCGGGUCACGUGUGGCGACCCUCGAAUGCAACGACGGCGAAAAAGUCGAUUGAAGUCGACUAUUACGUCAACUCUGCGUUGCCGACGGACCCCUUGAUUGAUCGAAAAACCAUCAAAGCCAUUGUGGCGCGCAACCCCGUCGUACAACGCCGUCCAAAGCUAUAGCUAUCGCGGUAGUCGCUACAUUUAACACACGGUCGUUUUGGUGCUUGC